AUGGAUGGCCCCCUAGACAAGGUGUUGACCCGACCGACGGAUGCACAGCAACCACAAGAGGCACCGUCACAGCAGCCAGCCGUGCAGGCGCCCGAACUUCUUCAGCCGGAACACAUUGUGGCUGCCGAUGAGCCUGAGGUCGACUUCGAUGGCCGUGGCGUUGCCCCCGUUGAUGAGCCGCUUGAGAAGCUCGUCUCCUCGAUUCAAGAUUUAUGUAUCCCA